AUGGAGGAGGUCAGUGAUGGAGGAGGUCAGAGAUGGAGGAGGUCAGUGAUGGAGGAGGUCAGUGAUGGAGGAGUGAUGGAGGAGGUCAGUGAUGGAGGAGGUCAGAGAUGGAGGAGGUCAGUGAUGGAGGAGGUCAGUGAUGGAGGAGGUCAGAGAUGGAGGAGGUCAGAGAUGGAGGAGGUCAGUGAUGGAGGAGGUCAGAGAUGGAGGAGGUCAGUGAUGGAGGAGGUCAGUGAUGGAGGAGGUCAGUGA